UGACAUCAUGUUGCAUCAUUGCAUCAUUAAUAGGUAAAGCGAUGAGCAGUACUGAAGAGAAGGCGUAUGAGAUAAUGAGGAACCUAGGAGUAGACUAUGUGCUGGUUAUAUUUGGUGGUAUGAUUGGGUAUUCUGGGGAUGAUAUUAACAAGUUUCUAUGGAUGGUGAGGAUCGCUGAGGGAGAGCAUCCUAACGAUAUAAAGGAGUCAAGGUAUUUCACUCCACAAGGCGAGUUCAGAGUUGAUUCUGCUGGUUCCCCUGUCCUCCUCAAUUGUCUCAUGUAUAAAAUGUGCUACUAUAGAUUUGGUGAAGUACAGCAUAGUUACAAUACACCGGGUGGUUAUGACAGGACCAGGAAUGUUGAGAUUGGUAAUAAAAAUGUGAAGUUCACACAUUUAGAGGAAGCCUAUACAACAGAGCAUUGGCUAGUGAGAAUAUACAAAGUUAAGGAUUUAGUCAAUCGAGUACGUUCUAGUAACAGUUUGCGUCACGUCUUUACUAAAAAGAGACUAUCAAGCCGCAAGAGUUAUGGUUCAAAGAAGCGAGGUAACAUUAGAAAUAAACUGACAGUCAUUAAAGGAAAAAGACCAAACAAGAAGAAAGGAAAGAAGAGCAACAAGUCUUGAACUAUGACAAACUGUCUGAUUAGGUACCAUUAUUAUUAAAGUUAUUAUUAUUAUUAUUCUUAUUUUCUUUUUUCAUUUGGUAACUUGUACAUAA